GGCAACAGUGGACCCACAGGGUCUGAGUUCCAGUGGGAAUCUUUCAGCAACCAGCAAGGAGUCCGGGGACGGAGAGGGUAUGCCGGGUGUGCCGGGCCCUCCGGGGAUGCCUGGGAUGCUGAGCUUCCUGCCUCUGCCCUCCCCACUCCCAGACCUCCAGGGAAUCCAGCCAGACACCAGCCUCUUAGUCCCUGGGAAGGGCAGGGAAGAGCUCCUGCCAGAAGCCCCUCCACCUCCCUGCCCUCCAGCAGGAAGUGCAGCCCUGACCCAAACUCCUAAGGCUAUUUAAGAGACGCUUGCACCCAGCUGACCGCGGAAGUGUGUGCUGGUUCAAGGCCCAAUUAGAAAGAUGGGAGGCGAGCAGAGCCUGGGAGCUACUGGCCGCCCUGUCCUGGGAGCUCCUGAGGGGAUGCCAGAGGGCUCCACGAAUGGGGAAACGCUUCCGUCGCGUGCCCAGGCAGAGCUGCGCGCAGGGCAGAACCAACGGUCCCUCCCCCUAGAUUGGAAGCUCCAUGGGGUAGGGCCACAGGGCCGUCACCACUGCGGGCUGGCCUUUUGGGCGCUGCGCCGCCCGCACUCAAGAACGGUCGUCCUCCACGUGCCGCUGGCUGCAUCCCGAUCCCGCUUGCGUCAGGCAGGGCUCAGAGGUUCCCGGGGAUGCACCGACGAGUCAGCUUGUCCUCUGGAAGCCAAUGACUCUCCCCGGCGCCCCGUGGCCGAAGAGCUAGGUAUACCGCCGACUGGCCCCCGGCGACCGACGCCUUGCGGCCCUCGCCCUUCCUGCCCCCGGCGCUGCACGCCCUCCACGGCUUGGCCCGCGCGCUGCUCUUCCCGGCCUACUGGGCCCUGGACCAGCUGCUGGGUGGCUGAGGAGGGCGGCGGGCGGCGGGCGGCGGCGCUGCUGCUGCUCCUGCUGCUGCUGAUGGUCGGCCUGCCCCUGGCGCUACCCGGCCUGCUGCUCUGGCUGGCGCUGCAGGUUUGGCGCCGCCCCUUCUGCUACCGCCCCCCUCCGCUGUGCUGGGCGCCGCCCGCGCUCUGGCGCCCGACUGCCGAACCCGGGCCCUGCUCCGUCUUCCUCACAGCCAAUCCGUGCGGCUCCCCGACGGGCUACCGCGCUUCAGCAACCUACCGCACAGCCAGCGACCGGCCGAGGCCAUUGGCGCCGCUCUGCUGGCCAGCGCGCGGCCCGCGCUCCACAGGGCUACGGACUGCAGCCAGCCGUGGCCCAGGGCGCCGCGCAGGGCGCUGGUGGCCUCGCUGCCCGUGGGUCUGGACUUCGUGUGCCUGCAGGAGGUACUGGCCUACCCGGUGCAGCCCGCAGAGGGGGCAGAGGUUCGGCCGAGAAGGCGGAGGAAGCUGGGGCCGUCCGUGGUGUUGCUGGCGAGGCUGGGCAGCCUGGACGGGCACCGCAUCGUGGGAUUCUCGCACUGCACGCAUUUGCAAGCACUGGCUGAGGACGGGCCCUUGCGCAGCAAACAGCUGACGCUGCUGCUGGACUGAGCCGAGAAGUUUGGGGCCGAGAAGUUUGAGGCCGACAGAGAACAAAGUGGAGCGGUCGUGGCUUUCAGCGUGCUCCUGGGCGACCUAAACUUCGAUAACUGCUCGAAAGGUCCAGCAGGAGGAGAGGAGCCAGGAGGCCCGGCCCCACCCACCGCGUGCCCGCCUCUCUCUGCAGACCACCUGCUGGAGCAGGAACACGAGCUCUUCCGCUGCUUCCAGGAUCCCUGCCGGCUGGGCACGCACCAAAAGCAGCCCUGGGCCCUGGGUAUUGCGCUUAGGGGGAGGGUACCCCCACCGGCUGGGCACCCGCCAAGAGCAGCCCUGGGCCCUGGGUAUCGUGCUUAGGGGGAGGGUACCGGGGCGGGAAGUGGACCUGGGGAGCGCCGUCGGCCGAGGCUCCGGCUGAUGCCGCCCUCCCCCAGAUCCCCCAGGGACCGCGCUGAGCACCUCCGUGCUCCACCACUCCGUGGCCUCCUCCCCCAAGAUGCCGAGGCGGAGAGUGGCGACCUGGAGGUAGGCACUGCCCGCCCAAAGCGCGCAGAGGGGCCCUGGCCUUGAUGACACCGCCCCCACAACAGGGCCCUGGAGCAGGAGAAAGGGCGCCACCUCUACCUGGCCGGCCCUCCCUGCAGAAGCCGCCGAGCUAAGCCCUGGAGAGUUCGGCGCCUGGACUACAUCACGUACCGCGGAGUUCCCGGGUGGCUGGGCCUGCGGCACUGGGACGACCCUCAACCUGAGUCCCACCCCCAGAAGGUGGAGCAGGUGACAUUCAGUACCGCCCUGGCGGGGCUCACGGACCACCUGGCAGUGGGCCUGCAGCUCCGAGUCUCAGUGUCCUCCUAAGGCAAGCACAGGUGACAGGCGCGCGGCAGGCGCUCACAGACACGACUCAGAGCACGAACUAGGCGCGGUAGCCGCGUCCCCAGAACCGGACGACUUAAGGCAUCUUUAUUGCGGGAUUCUCACACGGCCUCCUGGGCCCGACGAUACUCAUAGACGCUGCCGUGCUCAGGAAAGGCCAGUGCUUGAGGGGGCGACCCCGGCGGUGGGGCGGGGUCCUCCGGGUCCCCAUAGCCACCGCCGCCAGGCGUGUGGAGGCAGAACACAUCCUGUUGGCGGCGGGGUGGGGGGGGGGGCAGGGGAGGGCUCAGUGCAGGCGUGGCCCCUCCCUGUCACCUGCGCAGUCCCCUCCCCACCGGGCAGCGUCCAUCACCCGCCCCCACGGACCACGGAGGCCGGGUACACGCCCCCUUUCCUUCCGGGGCCAAAUUAAACUCGGCCUCUGGUCAUGUCUACAACUGUUCCCCCUCUGUGGGAUGGGGCCGGGAGGGGAGGGGGACAGGACAGGCCGCGGCCCUUACCCCGGGGUA